ACUCAAAGAGUUGCAGCAUCAAACAGAGCACAAAGCACCGAGAAAAGAGCAUAAAGAGAUCAUGAAGUAUCCACUCCUCUUUUUAGGAUUCCUGAGCGCGGCCCAUGGCCUGGCCCUCUACGCGGCCUCCUACCCCUUCGUCUACUCCGCCGGGGGAUCGGCUGUGUUCACGCCCACGCAGCAGCAGUACAUCUCGCAGGACGCCCUGGGCCAGUACUCCUACGGCUACUCAGAACCACUGUCCUCCAAACAAGAGACCCGCACCCUGGACGGCACCACGCGGGGCACCUACAGCUACCGCGAUGCAGCAGGCAAACGCCAGACCGUUGACUACUUGGCCGAUGCACGUGGCUUCCAUGUGGCGGCCACCAAUUUGCCCAAGGCUGUCAUUCCCCGGCAGCUGGCUGCCGGAAGGAGUGCCUCGCAUGGCGUACAGCAUCCAGUGUCUGUCCAUCAUUCGUUGGAGCAUCCCCAUCCCGUGGAACAUCACCAUCCCGUCGAGCACCAUGCUGGCCACAUCGUUGAGCAUCCCUCAGUUAUCGGCACUGGCAGGAUUGCAGUGCAGGGCAUUGCCCAUUCCGUUGGUCACCACCCAAUUGUCUAUCCCCAUCCCGUGGAACAUCACCAUCCCGCGGAGCACCAUCCCGCGGAGCACCAUCCCGUAGAGCAUCAUUCUGGUCAUGUCGAGCAUCACCCUGUAGACAUCACAGGCAGGAGUGCAGAACACCAUUCGAUUGUCCAUCAUCCAGCUGAGCACCAUCCCGCGGAGCACCAUCCCGCAGAGCACCAUCCGGUGGAGCAUCAUUCUGGUCAUGUCGAGCAUCAUCCAACCGACAUUACAGGCAGAAGCGCUGAGCACCAUCCGGCUGUCCACCAUCCUGCCGAGCACCAUCCCUUGGAGCACCAUCCUGCAGAGCACCAUCCCGUAGAGCAUCAUUCUGGCCAUAUCGAGCAUCAUCCGAUUGACAUCACAGGCAGGAGUGCUGAGCACCAUCCGGCUGUCCACCAUCCUGCCGAGCACCAUCCCGUGGAGCACCAUCCUGCAGAGCACCAUCCCGUAGAGCAUCAUUCUGGCCAUAUCGAGCAUAAUCCGAUUGACAUCACAGGCAGGAGUGCUGUGCAUGGCGUGGUUCAUCCCGAGGCUGUCCAUCAUCCCGAAGCGCAUCAUCCCGUGGAGCAUCAUCCUGCGGAGCAUCCAUCUGGUCAUCAUGUGGCCGAGCAUCCCUCUGUGGUUGGCGCUGGAAGAAGUACUCUGCAUCCCGAAGGUCACGAGCUCCCUCAACCCGUUGUCGACACCCCCGAAGUGGCAGCUGCCAAGGCCCUCCACCUGAAGCGCGUCCACGAGGAGAAGGUUCGCAACGAGAUCCUCCAUCCCAUCGCAGUGCCAGUGCCAGUGGCCCGCAGCCACCAUGUGGUGCUGCCACCUACGGCCCUAUACGGCUACACCAGGCCCCACUAUUACUCCUCCGGCUUCUACUACUGAGUGGGACCGCGUAUACAGUGAAGCAUUCCAUGCAUCAUUCCUGGAUUUCGAAAUUCAAAUAUUUAAAGUCAAAAUAAAGUCAAAUAAUUCCGAAUCUA